CCUAGAGCGGGGCGGCGUGCGCCUGCGCGGGGCGCUCCGCAGGCCAGAGGCGGCGGGGGCGUCCGGGCGGCGGGGACCAUAGUGUGCGGAGUGUUAGGUUGCCUCUGUCACCGGCACCUUGGACGCUUAACCGACUGAGCCUCCCAGGCGCCCCAAGUGAUGUUUAUCUUUUAUGAAAGUUUCCUGUGGGCCUAGUACAGCCUGACUCAUUACAAAUCCUGUUAACACGCACGCCCACGACGACUCCGGAGAGGCUGAGAGCAAGCGUCCACCCGGAAGGAGUGAUACCGGAAGUGAAAGUAAUCCCGUGUGUGUCGGGCUGAAAUGUAGCAGGUCACAGAGAGUUCCGGCUACAGUAAGGAAAGCUGUCCUACUUAUAUUUCUUAGAAUCUGGUUUACGUGUGCUGCUCUGGCGCAGGCUUAGUAUCACUUAUGACCUGCCGACUCUUGAGAAUUGUCCUUAGAGUACCGACUAAUCCUGGUCUUGUGGUGGGUGACGGAGAAGACUUGCCAUUCUCAGAUGCUGAGAUGAAUCGUCACCUGUGUGCUUGGCUUUUUAGACUUUCAUCUCGUAAUGGUUACCACCAGUGCCACAUCCACCCCCAGUCUCAUCAGUUUACACAGAGACAUUUUGAUACAAGACUGUGGGUUUUUAGACAAAACAGGCAUCCCGUUCUCCAUCAUCUGUUAAAUAAGAAUUGUCCCAGGAGAUAUUGUCAUCAAGACACCAGGAUGCUGUGGAAGCAUAAAGCACUACAGAAAUAUAUGGAGGACCUGAGUAAGGAGCACCAUAUGCUUGAUCAGUGUUUGCAGCAAGUGUCUCUGAAUGAAGGGGACCGAAGAGCCUUGAAUAGAAGGCAUGCCGAGUUGGCACCACUCGCAGCCAUUUACCAAGAAAUUCAGGAGGCUGAGCAAGCAAUUGAAGAAUUAGAUUCAAUGUGUAGAAAUCUAAAUCAACAAGAUGAAAAGCAGUUACAAGAACUUGCAUUGGAAGAGAGACAAACCAUGGUUCAAAAAAUCAAUAUGUUAUACAGUGAGCUUUUCCAGAGUCUAGUGCCAAAGGAGAAAUAUGACAAAAAUGACGUUCUUUUAGAGGUGACAUCUGGAAGAACUACUGGAGGUGAUAUCUGCCAGCAGUUUACCCGGGAAAUAUUUGAUAUGUACCAGAAUUAUUCAAGCUAUAAAAACUGGAAAUUUGAACUUCUGAAUUAUACACCAGCUGAUUACGGUGGGCUACAUCAUGCAGCUGCCCGAAUUUCUGGUGACAGUGUAUAUAAGCAUUUGAAGUAUGAAGGUGGGAUUCACCGAGUUCAACGAAUCCCCGAGGUGGGCCUGUCAUCAAGAAUGCAGCGUAUUCACACAGGAACCAUGUCAGUCAUUGUCCUCCCUCAACCAGAUGAGGUAGAUGUAAAAAUAGACCCCAAGGAUUUGCGAAUAGAUACAUUUCGAGCCAAAGGAGCAGGAGGUCAGCAUGUUAAUACAACUGAUAGUGCUGUCAGACUCGUCCAUGUCCCCACAGGGCUUGUAGUAGAAUGCCAACAAGAACGAUCACAGAUAAAAAAUAAAGAGAUAGCUUUGCGUGUGUUGAGAGCUAGACUCUACCAGCAGAUUAUUGAGAAAGACAAAUGUCAGCAACAAAGUACUAGAAAACUGCAGGUGGGAACAAGAGCCCAGUCAGAGAGAAUUCGGACAUAUAAUUUCACCCAGGAUAGAGUCACUGACCACAGGAUAGCAUAUGAAGUUCGUGAUAUUAAGGAAUUUUUAUGUGGAGAGAAGCAUCUGGAUCAGCUAAUUCAAAGACUACUUCAUUCAGCAGACGAAGAAGCCAUUACUGAAUUUUUGGAUGAAAACCUUAAAUCAGCAAAAUAAAUGCUGAUUUAUUAUAGAUUCUUCUAUAAAUGAAACAGACCUAUCUCAAGAAGCAGCUGUUCAUAAAGUGCAGCUAAAAUUACACAGUACGUACAAAUAUAUUUUUUAAUGAAUUAAGUCACAUUUCUUCACCUAAGAAUUUAUAAAAUACAGUCCCAACUCUUCAAGCAGAAAACAAGCAUGCAAUGAACAUUGCAAAAAACAAAAAAAUAAGCAUGUAUUUUUGAAAAGAGAAAUAAAGUAUUGGGAAUUGAUUAUGUAAUAUAGGUCACUUCUUCUCUUUUAUAUGCCUUUUUUUUUUUUUGAGAGAGAGAGAGAGGACGUGCAAGUUGGGGAGAGGGGCAGAGAGAGAGGGACAAAGAAUCUCAAACAGGCUCCAUGCAUGAACUGGGGCUCGAUCUCAUGACCCCGGGAUCAUAACCUGAGCCAAAACUAAGACUUGGACGCUCAACCAGCUGAGCCACCCAGGCACCCCCAAACAUGCCUUUUUUUUAACCAUCUAUAAAUUAAACACAUUUUCCAUUUAUUACUUCAGGAUUUUACCACAUGGUAAAAUUUAGUGAUACAAGAUUUAUAAACUUCUUUGUAAACCCCUAUUUAAAGAAAAAGUAUUAUUAACCAUGUUAAAAUUAGGCUUUAAACUGCUACUUUUUUUUAUUUUCGCUCUUUGAACUAAUUUUUCUUAGUUUUUUUUUAAUAUUGGUUUAUUUUUGAGAGAGAGAGAGAGAGAGAGAGAGAGACAAAGUGUGAGCAGGGGAGGGGCAGAGAGAGAGAGGAAGACACAGAAUCCGGAGCAGGCUCCAGGCUCCGAGCUGUCAGCACAAAGCCCAACGCGGGGCUCGAACCCACAAACCACGAGAUCAUGACCUGAGCCAAAGUUGGACACUUAACUGACUGAGCCACCCAGGCGCCCCAACCUGCUACUUUUAAAUAAAAAAUAAAUAUUGUGAAGAAUAUGAGUCAAAAAUAA